AUGAAGCUCUCAAUUUAUAUCAUUCUUAGUAUUCUCUCAGUUUCAAUGAUGUUUAAUAACAUACAGUUUACCGACGCAAGACAGCUGCGGGAAUCAAACGAUCAUCAAGAUCACCAUUUCACAGUCGGGAACACUGAUGAUUUUGCACCUACUUCUCCGGGUAACAGCCCAGGUAUUGGUCAUAAGACGAAGGAGAAUAAAGAAAAUGUUGAAGACUUUAAAGGUGGUUUCCAUAAACCUACGACUCCAGGACAUAGUCAAGGCGUUGGACAUUCUACCAAGAACAAUAAUGAGCCUAAUGCGAAGAAAAGCUUGGCACUACUACUAAUAGUGCUGGCUUUCAUUCAAGAAUCUCACAUCGUUGAAGGUCGACCUUUGAAUUCAUCGGGAAUCUCUGAUAUCUCGAAGAAACUUGGUGGCCAUAACUCAAAUCUGUCGAGCAAGUUAACGACGGAAGAUCAUUCAUUGGAUGCGUUUCGGCCUACCAAACCCGGGAACAGUCCAGGAAUUGGUCACUAG